CUUCCCCAGGUUAUUUUUUGACUUGGCAGUGGCUAUUACUUGAAAACUAUCCUUAUCUCAUCUCCAGCAGACACAAAAGUUCUAUGGAAACAGAGAACCACACACUGGUAUCAGAAUUUCUCAUCCUGGGUUUCUCAGAUGAUCCUGAACUGCAGCCCAUUCUCUUUGGACUGUUCCUGUCCAUGUACCUGGUCACAGUGCUUGGGAACCUGCUCAUCAUCCUGGCUGUCAGCUCCAACUCCCACCUCCACAACCCCAUGUACUUCUUCCUCUCCAAUCUGUCCUUUAUUGACAUCUGUUUCAUCUCAACUACAAUACCAAAGAUGCUGGUGAACAUAUGGUCACAGAGAAAAGACAUCUCCUACACAGAAUGCCUUACACAGGUAUAUUUUUUUAAUACUUUCGCUGGAAUGGAUAAUUUUUUACUCACUUUAAUGGCCUAUGAUCGCUUUGUAGCCAUCUGUAAUCCCCUCAAUUACACUGUUAUCAUGAACUCUCGGGUGUGUGCCCUUCUGGUCCUGAUUUUUUGGAUCAUUAUGUUCUGGGUAUCCCUGAUUCAUAUUCUAUUGAUGAAUGAACUGAACUUCUCCCGAGGCACUGAAAUCCCACAUUUCUUCUGUGAAUUGGUUCAAGUUCUCAAGGUAGCCAACUCUGACACUCAAAUCAAUACUGUUUUUAUGUAUGUGGUGACUUCCCUGCUAGGUGUGAUUCCUAUGACUGGAAUCCUUUUGUCUUACUCACAGAUUGUCUCUUCCUUAUUAAAGAUGUCCUCAACUGUGAGUAAGUACAAAGCAUUUUCUACCUGUGGGUCUCACCUCUGUGUAGUCUCCUUGUUCUAUGGGUCAGGACUUGGAGUUUACUUCAGUUCUUCUAUUGUCCAUUCUUCCCAGAGAAGAAUGCUUGCCUCAUUGAUGUAUACUGUGAUCAGCCCCAUGCUGAACCCCUUCAUCUAUAGCCUGAGAAACAAGGAUGUGAAAGGUGCUCUUGGAGAACUUUUCAUCAGAGUUGCCUCUUGUCCAUCUUGGAUCAUUGACAUCAGAACUAAAUUCAUUUUGAGAACUCUAAGGCAAAUUUUAUGAACAUACCUAUCUUGGGUGGUCUUUUUCUAUCAUACCCCAUGUGCCUAAUUUACACUAUUCUGAAAGUAUAUGUAACUUUGCGUUUUUGUAUUUUUUUUACAGAAAUGAUUUUAAUUCACUAUGCAUGUUGUUUAAUGUUUGCAAUUGUUCUUAUAGGAUUUUUUUGAUAUUUUAAAUUUGAUGUGAAUUAUGGCUCAUAAAUUCAUGUGAGUUUAUCCUAAACCAUUAUUGUAAGGUUAAUGUUCUUCACCUUAACUUGAUAGUAUUCUUGUCUUCCCUAAAGGGAAUAUGGAAACACUAACAUCAACAUUUUUAUCUUAUCAGUUCUGUUAUAAUUAUUUAGUAUAUAUGAUUUUAUACUGAAAACAUUGUUGUAUUGUUUUUCCUUUUCCUUUUUGUUAUUUUUGAGAUUAUAGCUUAAUUAAAUUUCUCCCUUUCCUUUCCGUCCU